CUCCUGUCCUAUAUCCAGUCUUAGAGUGCACAGGACGUUUGUGUCGAAGAGCUGCACAGCUCAGAUGUGACUUCGGUGUAGUGUUGUGUGUAGGAGGACAAUUAUUAUUGUUUAGUUGUUUAUCAUUAAUGACUCUGUGAUGUCUCCGGAUAGCAGUUACGGGCGUUACGAUACGCCAACGCCAGUUGACAAUAACAUUAUGAUGAGUCCAGCGCAUAAGGAACGAGAACCAGAACUCCAUAUAGAAUUCGACGGUACAACAGUGUUGUGCCGUGUGUGUGGUGAUAAAGCUAGCGGUUUCCAUUAUGGAGUGCAUUCCUGUGAAGGCUGCAAGGGCUUUUUCCGACGGUCCAUACAACAGAAGAUCCAGUACAGACCGUGCACCAAAAACCAACAAUGUUCUAUCCUGAGGAUAAACAGGAAUCGGUGUCAGUACUGCCGAUUGAAAAAAUGCAUCGCCGUGGGAAUGAGCAGAGAUGCUGUGCGAUUUGGACGCGUUCCGAAACGGGAGAAGGCGCGUAUUUUAGCUGCAAUGCAGCAAUCAUCCUCAUCACGGGCUCAAGAACAAGCAGCUGCGGCUGAAUUAGAUGAUGCACCAAGAUUACUCGCGCGAGUGGUACGAGCUCAUCUCGACACUUGCGAGUUCACGCGUGACCGCGUGGCCGCCAUGCGUGCGCGAGCUCGUGAUUGUCCCACCUACUCCCAACCAACUUUGGCUUGCCCUCUAAACCCUGCGCCAGAGUUGCAGUCUGAGAAGGAAUUCUCUCAGCGAUUUGCGCACGUGAUCCGCGGCGUAAUUGACUUUGCCGGUCUCAUUCCCGGCUUCCAGUUACUCACUCAAGAUGACAAGUUCACGUUGCUUAAAAGUGGUCUUUUUGACGCCCUGUUUGUGCGACUCAUUUGUAUGUUUGAUGCUCCGCUCAAUAGUAUAAUAUGCCUCAAUGGACAGUUAAUGAAACGGGACUCUAUUCAGAGCGGUGCUAAUGCGCGUUUCCUAGUGGACUCUACUUUUAAAUUCGCGGAACGUAUGAACUCUAUGAAUUUAACAGAUGCCGAAAUUGGCCUGUUCUGCGCUAUAGUUUUAAUCACACCUGAUCGGCCGGGUCUUCGCAAUAUUGAAUUAGUAGAGCGUAUGCAUGCCAGGCUCAAAGCUUGUCUUCAGACCGUCGUUACACAGAACAGACCAGACAGGCCUGGAUUUUUAAGAGAGCUAAUGGAUACAUUACCAGAUUUGCGUACUCUGAGCACUUUGCACACAGAAAAGCUCGUUGUAUUCAGAACUGAACAUAAGGAAUUACUUAGACAGCAAAUGUGGGGUGAGGAAGAAGGCUGCUCUUGGGCCGACUCUGUCGUUGAUGAAUCCGCGCGAAGCCCAAUUGGAUCAGUGUCGAGCAGUGAAUCUGGUGAAGCCGUCGGCGACUGUGGUACUCCUCUGCUCGCUGCCACGUUAGCGGGACGCAGACGGCUCGAUUCUCGGGGAUCUGUUGAUGAAGAAGCUCUUGGCGUCGCUCAUCUAGCACACAACGGACUCACCGUUACACCCGUGCGACCCCAACCUCGUUACAGAAAACUAGACUCCCCGACCGAUUCGGGUAUUGAGUCAGGUAAUGAAAAGCAUGAGAGAAUCGUGGGACCCGGCUCUGGCUGCUCGAGCCCAAGAUCGUCGCUCGAGGAACAUUCAGAGGACAGACGGCCGCCGGUGCCCAACGAUACGCGUCUCGAUGAUAUGCCAGUAUUGAAGCGCGUGUUGGAAGCGCCUCCUCUCUAUGACACCUCCUCUUUGAUGAACGAGGCGUACAAGCCACAUAAGAAAUUCCGCGCUAUGCGCCGCGACACCGGCGAGGCGGAAGCUCGCAGCGUGCCGCUGACGCCGUCGCCGCAGCCGCCGCAGCACCCGCACCCGGCGAGCCCGGCGCACCCGGCGCACUCGCCCAGGCCCAUGCGCGUCUCGCUCUCGUCGACCCACUCGGUGCUCGCGAAGAGCCUAAUGGAAGGGCCGCGCAUGACCCCCGAGCAGCUGAAGCGCACGGACAUCAUCCAGCAGUACAUGCGGCGCGGCGAGGCGGCGGCGGCGGGCGGCGAGUGCCCGCUGCGCUCGGGCGCGCUGCUGGCGUGCUACCGCGGCGCGUCGCCCGCGCCGGAGCCCGUGCUGGAGCUGCAGGUGGACGUGGCGGACGCGCCGCUCAACCUCUCCAAGAAGUCGCCGUCGCCGCCGCGCUCGUACAUGCCGCGCAUGUUGGAGGCGUGAGGCCGGCCCGCGGAGCCGCGAGUCUCCGCUACCCCACCCCGACCUACUUUGAAUUAAAACAAACUAUGUAGUUAAUAAUCGUUCGCAAAUCGGUUAAUAUAUUAUAUGUGAUAAUUCGUUUAAGACGCGUGGUUGCGUGGCCGGUGCAGGACGAGGAGAGCGCAAUAGACUGAAUAAUAAUUUAAGACUAUAUAAGUUUAAUUUAUAAUGCAUUGCAGCGCCGGUCGCAGUGUGUUUGUGUGUGUAUCGUAUGUAUGUGAGCGUGCUCAGUCAUUUGUUUGUUAAUAUAAAUAAUGACAGGUUGUCGAAUUAAAAUAAAA